GUUCACCUGCUGCUCACCUGAUCCCAGCUUCAUCCAGCCGUUUUUAGAUGUUUUUCUGGAUCUAAAUCAACAUUUCUAACAUUCUCAGACACGUUCUCUGCAGGUUUUCUUUCUCUUCAUGUUAAAACGUUGUUUUUAUGGCUUCAGAACAUGUUAGGAGUUUAUUCCUGUUUGUUUCUCAUGUCUCUGGUGAGUUUUCAGCAUUUGUUUAGUUUUGUGGACAUUUUUCUGUUGCUUUUCUUCAGGAUUAGUUUUUCUUAUUGCUCGCUGAGAUGUUCUCGCACGUUCCGUCUCCAGGAGCUUCUCUCCGUCUACGUGGGCAUCCUGCGGCGCUUCAUGAUGGCCGUGGCAGCGUCCGUCCUGCUGGUGGCGUACAUCCGCUACACCGACCCGCUGCAGGAGAGUCUGAGGCUGCUGCAGCAGCUGCAGGACACACAGAGCAGCCUGCAGGAGGCGCUGCAGCGCGCAGAGAGUCUGUGUCAGAAACAGAAGUCAGAGGACAGGCGGCUGCAGGUGAAGGUGAGUCAGUCCAGAAAGGUGAGGUCAUACAUGUACACCUGCUGCAGCUCUCUGAUUGGUCAGACCAGUCACAUGCUUUCCAGAAAUCAGAGCUUCACAGGAGAGUGGAGGAACGAGGAGGAGAAGAAGAGGAGGAGGAGUCUCCACCCACAGACGGCUCUCACCUGUCUCACUCAGGUUCCAGCGUGGUCCUCAGCAGAACCUCUAAGUCCUCUCCUCUGGUCCACAGUGUCCUGGUGGAGGAACCCCGGGUGGGUCUGAUCACAUUAUUGACGACUGAUCGAUCAGUUUGUGUCUCUGGACUUUCAUUGAUCAGAGUUCCUGAUGGAACGGAUCCUAAACAUUUCAGAACGUUUUCACAUCCUGUGGAUAUUUUUAGUGGUUGUGACAUUUUCUAAUAGUUUGAAUUCAUGAUUAUUUUUCACGUUUCAACAGUUUUUCUUCAUUCAUGUGAGAUCUGGUGUUUGUUUAUUUGAGAUAGAAGAGAAAGUCCUUCUCUCCAAUCAGCUGUUUGUUCUCUAACAUCAGAGUCUCUAGAACAGUGGUUCUCAACCCUGUUCCUCAGGACCCCAUGUCCUGCAUGUUUAGAUUUAGAACACACCUGAUUCAAAUGAUCAGCUCGUCAUCAAGCCUCUGCAGAAGCAUCUAAACAUGGAGGACAUGGGGUCCUGAGGAACAGGGUUGAGAACCACUGCUCUAAAGAACCUUUUCUGUCUGACAUGAACACGAUGUUUUCUUCACUACGCUGGAAUGGACUACAGAACAUUAUUUUAUUUUACUAGAGUCCUCUAUCAGUAAACUUUUACUACAUUAAUAUUA